UAUUUGAGGAUGUGCUCUCUCAGAGAGGGUAUUCAGGGUGAUUCGGUGUGAAUAUGUAUCAUGGUAAUCAAAUUGUACAGGGAGGCGCUUCGGAAAUUCGGGAUCAAGAAGAAGGUGAUCUUCCUACAUGCUAUCCUCUGUUUGUUUUCCGUGCCAAUUUACAAAGACUGGUUAUACGUUAUAUUCCUUUCAACACACAUGCUCCAUUGGACUUGUACCCUCGCACCCUCUGUACCUUCGCGGUCGUUGAAUGCACAAUCAAGCCAAGAAGACCUGUCAUCGAAAAUCUCGAAACAACUUCAUGACGCUCUUUACUGUGCAGGUAUCGAGGCGCUAUUCUCCGUUGAAGGUCUCAGGCAGCUUGCGGACACAUUAUUGGAUGCACUUUCGCGCAUGUGCAUGGACCACGGCCUUUUCCUCUUGCCAUGCCUCUUUUCUGCAUGUCUUUGUGCAGUAAAUCGCCACCGCACAACGUUUUCCCCUCUUCGUCCGGGUUGGGAUCUCCUGCCUUGGUCAUUCGUGAUGUCGUGCGCGCUGAUGCAAUGGAGCUCUGGGAGUCCUGUAGGAAAGUCCUUUUAUGCGGUACCGUAACGGUGGACCCCAGACCGCAAAGGACGGACGCAUGGAUGACGCUUGUAGGGAUCUUGGACGUGAUCGAGGAGGAGCGCUUGUAUACCCCGCGCACAACUGUUGGGUCAGGCAUUCGGAAUACGGCUCGCAGUCGUGAUGUGGAGUCUACUUUGAUAGAAGCGAGGGAGCUUGCGCCGGUCACCGUCGAGCGCGCGAGUCAGGUUUGUAACUCGAAUGACAUGUUGGCCGCAGAUGCUGUUCAGCGACUACUUUCGGACCUUCUUGAUUAUCACACUGGGACCCGUACGGUACACGCGUACAUCCUCACCCUUCUUACUGCCCUCUCUUCACUCACCCUUCCCGAGUCAGUGUCCUCGCAGUCCCUCCCUGUACCACCGCAUGACUUGAUGUUCAGUCCGCUGCGGCCAUGCCUUCUGUCGCUCACUAGAGCUCUCUAUGGUUUUGACCGCUUUACAAUCUGUAGAAUUGGCGCCGGCUGUUUGGAAGAAUUUACGCGGGCGUAGAAAGCAUACGCUGCUGAAAGAGGUCAAAGUCGACGCGGCGGUAAGCGAUGAAAGACUGAUAAAGGGGAGGCGACACCAACAGAGGGACAUGCUAAUGAUGAUGGCAUGCUGCGGUCGAAGUGUCACUCGCUAGCACUUGCAAUUACUUAUGUUUCCCGUGUGUCUGGCACCGUUCUCGCUAGCAUCUCCCC